UUGUACACAACUUCAACUAAUUGUUGUUUUAUAAGAACAUAACAAGAAUAGUGCUAAGCAUGCCUACACGGACAGGAAGAGAUGAAGAUUUCAAAUUUGGGAAUCUGCGUCUUCUUCUUCUACAUCUUCAUCUUGUUUGGAAUUGCAGCACCCCAAAGCGCUUUUCUGAAAAUCCAAUUGCCCCACGUUCAGUCAUGGGGAAAGCGCUUCGGGUUUUUCAUAUUCGGAGAUUCUUAUGUGGAUGCUGGAAACAACAACUACAUCAACCUCACAAGUGACUGUCGGGCCAAUUUCCCUCCUUAUGGCGAAACCUUCUUCCCCAUCCCAACCGGCCGUUUUUCUGAUGGUCGUAUUAUACCUGAUUUCUUAGCGGAGUAUGCACAAAUGCCUUUCAUUCAAGCAUACUUAGACCCUAACAAUAAUAACUAUACGAAUGGUGUGAAUUUUGCAUCUGGUGGAGCUGGAGCCUUAGUCGAGACAAAUCAAAAAAAGGCUAUAGGGCUUCAAACUCAAAUGAUGUUCUUCAAAAGAGUGAAGAAAUCACUAAGAAAGAAGCUAGGGAACGAAAGAUCUCAGAGCUUCCUCUCUAACUCUGUUUUUCUCUUCCAUUUUGGAGGAAACGAUUACCUAAAUCCUUUAGACAUUAACUAUGACAUCUUCAAAACCAUUGAAGCUCAAGAACAGUUUGUCAACAUGGUGAUCGGAAACAUAACGAUAGCUCUUAAGGAAGUAUACAAUUAUGGCGGAAGGAAAUUUGGGAUCAUGGCAUUGCCUCCAACGGGUUAUCUGCCAAAUUCAAGAUGGAAAAGAAGUGAGCAAUAUUUCCAAGAGAGUUCUUCAAUAACAAGGAUUCACAACAACCUGCUUUUCAUUGCCCUUCAAAAACUUGCCACACAACUCAAUGGAUUCAAAUACGCUUUCGCCGAUACUCACACUUUCCUCCUCCAAACAAUACUAAACCCUACCAAAUUCGGGGAAAGCACCACCAGGCUUGUAGGUGUUGUAUGCGGCAGACCACUUACCAAACCGUUUGAGAACACAGUUAAACUGUUUUGUUUCAAGGUAGUGGACACUGCAUGCUGCGGGAGUGGUGAGUUUAGAGGAAUCUAUAGUUGUGGAAGAAAGGAAGAGCCUUUGCCAUUUACUCACUGCACAAAUCUCCAAGACUAUUUGUUUUAUGAUUCUUAUCAUCCCACUGAGAAGGCAUCCGAGCAACUUGCAAAAUUGAUAUGGAAUGGAGAUGAUGAAAUUGUUAAGCCUUAUAACUUCAAACAACUCUUUCAAUAUGACUCAAACAUGACUUUUGAUUGAGAAAGAUGUAACAAAGAUGUUUUAUUUCUCCUCUCUCUUUCUUGAACCACCUAGAGGAGUUUUAUGAACUCUAUGGUAUUAGAUUUGUCACUUGUGGAUAUUGAAAUUAAAAAAUCUAGUAAGUGAGUGCCAAUAAUAUAUCCAAUAAGUGGUACCUUAUUAUAAUAAAGUACACGAAAUAGGAUAUAUCAAUAAUAUAGAUAGACCAUGUAAUUUAAUAAUGAUAGAUUUUAUAUAGUGAGACAAUGUGAUAUA